CCCUUUCAUCGCGUAUCGUCAGAGGAUCUUGAGAAUGAGAUAUAAGGGAAGACGGGGAAAAGACCCAAUUCCCUUCCAUGGUUUGCAGAUGCUGAACGAGACUGAGAUCAAUCCGUCCAUCUUUCAACCCUUCCAGCAUUCAUUCAUCAUGCUUGCUUAUCUCGCCCCACGUGACAGGUCGACCACAUACCCGGUCAUUGAGCGGGCGGGUCAGCUGACCUCCGGCCCGUUCCCGUCACUUCCUCCUUCAGUUUCCCCAGCUUCCCUUCAACUGCUCCAUCCAUCAGACUCCACAAACAAACAACAACAACCAUGGUCUCGCUGGUGGGCCUGGUUCACUGCCUCCGUGGCUGUCAAUGCUGAAAUGCUCUAUCCUACCCAGUCAAUCGAUUGCAUUAGCCUAUCCAAUGACUUCCUCAAUGGACGUGGGAGUUCAAUCUCCGUCACUCUCCUCGGUUACUGUCCCUGCCCACCCACGUGGGAAAUCGCGGUCUAGGAGUGGUAAACCCGGCCAGACACCGUCGAUCCCCGCCAGGAGCGCAACCAUCUUUUUUCCGAAGGGGCCCGCAUCGUGAACUUGCUCGCCAAAAGAACUGUCUCCGGAGGAUGCCAGUUGGAGUACUAUAAAAAGCGAUCAUUUGCCGCCCGAACUCACGGCGUCGCCAUGUCAAUCAGCAUCUACGAGGGCCUCACCGACAUGAUCUCCCUCUUGU